GUUUCUACCUGUGGUAAAGUUUACUUCAUUACGUGGACUAAAAAUGUGUCAAACGAGUGGAAACGGUUGUAUCUCUUCAGCGAUGCAGUUGAAAAACCACUUCAAGAGCUUGCUAAUCCAGACAGAGCGGAUUUUUAUUUACGAGAAUCUACAGCCUAUCUGAGGAUAGCACCCCUUAGGAUAGAAGACGAUGGAACUUAUAAAUGUGAUGUCACAUAUGUGCAAGGAAAGUGUCCUUCGUUAUCCUUUGCAACACUUGUCACGCAUGCCCAGCCAAGUGCUCCUUCAAUCGAGAAAGAUGGAAAAAUGGCUCCUAACGGUUCCAUUGUUGGCCCUUUUUAUGAAGGAACAGCUCUUACAUUGGAAUGCGAAACCUUUGGUGGAAAACCAACUCCGCAAGUCUCUUGGUUUAAAGACACCGAGGAGCUCGAGUCAGAUGAUCACGUGAAAGUUGAAAAAAAUGGCGCAUCAAGUGUGACGUCAAACGUGAAAGUCACUUUAGAUCGAGAAGACUUAGGGGCUAAAAUUGAAUGCCAUGUGGAUAAUGAAGCCAUUGACGAGCCUUUAGUGUCUUGGGUGGAAAUUGACCUGCAUGUUGGCCCUUCAUCAUUAGAAGUUGAUGGACCAGAUGAACCAGUCACGGCUGGUGAAAUGGUGACUCUCAUUUGCACUAUCGAAGGAGCUAAACCUGCAGCAAAUGCAACGUGGUUUAACAGGUCGGAUGUCCUCAAUAUUCAACCAGACACGCAAGUGGAUCUUGCUGCAGAUGGCACGUUUAGUACUGUGAGCACAGUGCAAGUGCCUGUGUCUAGGCAUGACCACAUGGGGACAUAUUAUUGUAAAGGGUCCAAUUCAGUGCUACAAACUAAAGGAGAGGCACCUCUUUUAAAGUCAUUGGAUAUUCAAGUUUUAUUUCCACCAGCAGUGGUGAUGCAACCUGUAGGUGGUGUUAUAGUGAAUGAAAGUGAUACAGCGGUCAUCUAUUGCACAUACGAAGCGAAUCCAUUCAACGUAACAGACGUGCAGUGGUUUCACGAAGGCAAACAGCUAGCGGUACCAACUCAAGGGAAAUAUGAGCCUGGAGGCCAAGGAUAUCCUUCCCUCACUGUUCGCAACGUACAAAAGGAAGACAGGGGCAUGUACUCCUGCGCGUUGUCCAAUGCUAUUGGAAAAGGAAAUGCAACGAAUUACGCUGAAUUGAACGUUCUUUACCCACCAGUUGUCCAAGCAACAAUCAGCCCUGAAGAUGUCAAGGAAGGAGACAGCAUAUCCCUCUUCUGUGACCUCGUGGAAGGCAAUCCCCAGAACCUGUUGAAUGUGCGAUGGUUUAAAGGGGAUGAGACGUUACAUGAGACGACGGAACGCGAGAUCGUUUGGGUGGGCGUGUCCCGAAAUUCUUCUGGGGUGUAUUCAUGUGAAGGAGAAAAUGCCGCUGGAUGGGGACAGCGAUCAGAACCCAAAGAACUUAUUGUCCAUUACCUCCCUGGACCUGCCGACCUCGUUGAGCUGAAUCCUCCUGCUGUCAAAGGUGAAGUAUCACUUCUACAUUGUGAUGUCGAGGACCUCGGCUUGCCGCCUGCUUCAGUAUACAGAUGGGAGCAGGAUGGUGAACUUCUGGCAACAACCUCUAGUGAGAAUUAUACGACAAAUCCACAUCGAGUUACAAGUAGAGGAAAUUAUUCUUGUGCGGCUGUCAAUGAAGUUGGAGUUGGACCGAAAGGAUAUGAAUUUAUUUCAGUUUAUGCUCCUCCUACAUUCGUACAAGACCUUCCUGACAUCCGAGGUGCAGCAAGAGAUGCACCUUUUAUCAUCUUCGAAUGCCGUGUGGAAUGUGAGCCGCUGUGCGACGUGGGUUGGACAAGGAAUGGGGAACGAGUCACCAGUUCAGAACUCUUUAUUGUCAGAAACAAAAUCUUGGGAGAAGAUGUCCUGAAUAAUAGAUUCCGCUCCAUUACCAGCAGUUUGCAGUUCAAUAUGACAGCAUGGCCAGGCAGAAGGUUGGAGAGAGACAGGGAUCGAGGGAAUUACACUUGCUUCAGCAGUCACAACGCUGUUGGAGAUGGUGUAGUUUCCAAUAUGCUGUUUUUGGUUGAAUAUCCGCCUGAAGCCAUGAGUCUUUCAGAGAGCGUCAUCCAAGUCCACGAAGGUGAAGUACCAAAAGACGUCGAGUGCAUGGCGUCAUCUUGGCCCCCUAGCACUUACAUGUGGCUAAGGGGAGAAAUCAUCGUGGCCAGGGACGACACUUUGUCGUUCAAUGGAACGGUAGACAGGCAGCAUGAAGGAUCGUAUAUAUGUGUUGCUGAAAACAGGCACGGGAAAGCGCAAAUUGAAAUGAAAUUAGAAGUUUUAUACAAACCAGAAUGUAAAGUGAGUAAAAGCAGUAACGAAGACGGUGCACCAGUCCUGGUAUGCAAGGCAGAUGGAUUCCCUACAAAAAUCAACUUCACGUGGAGCAAAGAUAAUGAAACCUUAGAUGAUGAAUAUGAAAUGAUGGAUAGCGAAAACGAUGAUUUUAGCAUCUACAUUCUACCAGAAUCUGGUGAUAGAUAUGGAUUGUACGUUUGUGUCGCCAUCAAUGACGUUGGCGAGUCUGAAGCAUGCUUCAUCACGAUUUCUGGACCAGAUUUGGCAGGCUGGCACGCUGAAUUUGGCGACAAGAAUGUGCUAGUGAUUGCGGCGGUAAUAGGCAGCAUAGCAAUCCUUUUCGUUUUAGCCAUCAUUAUCAUCAUUCUCAUAAUGCGAAAAAGGCGAUCCAGAAAUUUUGGAAGCCCUGGCAAAGCUCCUCUAGGGGGCACGGGAGACAGCCUUUAUCAAAACGUAAGUGGGGCUCCCACAGAUCCCAAACAAAAUGGACCAGCUGGUGCUGAAACAGAAGGAAAUGUGAUGUACGAAAAUAUGCCAUUCCACCGCCAGGGGCCAUAUCGACCGGACAGCAGUGACGAAAUGGUUUACGCCGAUUUAUAUGAUGAUGUAAAAUCGGGAAAGGUCCCGGAUCCUAGAAUGAAGCCUCCUCUUCCUCCGAAGGGCAUUGGCAAGAAGCCAAAGGAGCCUCCACUGCCUCCCAAGACCAAAAAGGGAGGCUUUUUCGAUUCCAUUGGUAUCUGAGAAAAUGAACCGACUGAUCAACAAGUGUUAAGGGUUCCUUCAACAAGCUUCUGUCAAAGAGGGGACUCAGAUGCUACAGCAGACGAUUAUGUGAAAGUGAAUGCUUACUAUACAAUGGCACUUUGUUCAUCAUUUGUCGAAGGAGGAAUCGGACAGAUUCUGUCCUUGAGACUUGAACUUCAAUAUUGUUUCGUUUGAAGUAUUUUGUGUUCAAGCCAAAUGGUUUCGCAUUCCAUUUGCCAGAGUCGUUUUCUUGAGGUUUGAGAUGUUGCUC